CUUUAAUCGAUUCAAAUCGAAUAAAAUAAAUCGGCUUCGCUUAACUUUGCAAAACUUUUGAACUCCUAUUUUUUUUCACUUUUUAAUUCGAACUUCUGAUCUUGUCAGAAUAGAACAGGAAAUCUAUUAUAUUAUAACUCUAGAUUUAAACACGGUGCAAGUAAGGAUAGAGAUUAGAGAAUAACACUUCACAGCAAAGGUUAUCAAUAAGGAAUAUACCGCCGCGGCGAGUAAUAUUGGUACAUAAUAAACAGUAUGACAAGUGAACCAUUAGCGAAACGUACCAAAAUGAGUGUUCUUGACCAGUUAAAACAAUUUUCCACCGUAGUCGCUGAUACUGGAGAUUUUGAAGCAAUGAAAGCGUACAAGCCAACGGAUGCAACAACAAAUCCAAGCCUAAUUUUGUCUGCCGCUGGCAUGGAACAGUAUCAGCAUUUGCUGGACAAGGCUGUUAAAUAUGGAAAAGAAUGUGGAGGAACCAUUGAGGAACAACUUACUGAAAUCUUGGAUAUGUUGAGUGUUUUAUUUGGUUGUGAAAUUUUAAAAAUUAUUCCGGGACGUGUUUCUGUUGAAGUGGAUGCCAGGUUGUCAUUUGACAAAGAUGCGAGUAUGGCAAAGGCAAUUAAAUUGAUCGGAAUGUUUGCUGAGCAAGGCAUCAAGAAGGAGAGGAUUCUAAUAAAGUUAGCUUCAACAUGGGAAGGUAUCCAGGCUGCAAAGGAACUGGAAAAGAAACAUGGAAUACAUUGUAAUUUAACUCUACUUUUCUCAAUGUAUCAGGCGAUAGCAUGCGCUGAGGCAAAUGUUACUUUAAUAUCGCCAUUUGUAGGACGCAUUUUGGAUUGGUAUGUAGAACAUACAAAGAAGACGUAUGAAGCGAAGGAGGACCCUGGCGUGUUGUCUGUGACGCGCGUGUACAACUACUACAAGAAGUUUGGGUACAACACGCAGGUGAUGGGCGCUUCGUUCCGCAACACGGGAGAGAUCCGCGAGCUGGCCGGCUGCGACCUGCUCACCAUCAGCCCUAAGCUGCUGCAGGAGCUGGCCAACAGUGAACAGCCAUUGAAAAGAGUACUUGACCCUAAGGUCGCUGCUAAAAGUGAUAUAGAGAAAAUAUCUCUAUCAGAAGCUCAGUUCCGUUGGCACUUGAAUGAAGAUCAAAUGGCUACAGACAAGCUCUCCGAUGGCAUUCGGAAAUUUGCGGCCGAUACCAGAAAGUUGGAAUCGCUUGUUAAGACUUUGCUCGCUACCAAGUAGUAUGAAAAUACCGCGAUUUAUAAAUGGGUGAUUGUUUCAUGUUUUCUUUUUUAUAUUUUUUAUGUUAUUGCAUUUUUGAGGGGAAGAAUAUCAUAUUAUGUAUUUUUAUUUCGCAUUUAUUGAUAAUGAUAUGUUUUGGGUCCAAGCUAUAAAGCUCAUAUUUUUUUUUGUUUUUUAUAAUCCUGUCUGAGUGUUUUAGAUUAUUUUAUAUGAAAAAUAAUUAUUAUUGUUUAUUCUUUGUAAAGUUUAUUGAAUCUUCAGCGGAAUUUUAUUUUAAGAUUUCUUUAUCAGUUGUCUUAAAAUCGUAUUUAUUCUCAAGUGUUUUAUCAAAGGAAUAAACUAGAGCAUAAAAAGUUGUACUAAUUAAUUUAUUCCUUUUGAUGAUAAUUUCCUACAGUUUUUGUUUAAUACAUCUUACGCACAUUUCAGUGUUAAACAUUUUAUAUAUUUAAUAGGAUUAGUGGUAAGGUUACAGUUACUUAAAUAUAUAUUGUAUUUUGUGCCUUAGAUUUUGAUACAUUCCUACUUAAAAAUUUCCUAUUUGAAAUUCAUACUUUGUACACAGUUUUUCGAAAUAUUUUGUAACUUGUAUUUUUAUUAAAGUAUGUGAAAAUCA